GGCAGUCCGGGUCUCCGGGACGCUCCGGGAUCCCGUGUGUUCGAUAUCGAUUUAUUUGUCAUUGCACGGUAUCAUUCGACAUUUAACGUUUUUCGAUAAUUUUUUUACUGUACUCACGAACAAAUUGGGCUAUGAGGUACGAGUGAAGUUCACUGAGGAGCAAAAGUGUUACGCGAAUUUCUUGAUUCAAAGGUAGCUGCAGGUAUAAAUAGAAGUCAUAAUGACGCCGCCGAUGGAAAGGAUCCAGAUUUUAGAGACUAUCGAAAAGGAUAUUAUAGUAUGUUUACAAAGUGCAGGACAAGCUUGCAUGGAACUGAGCAAGGAGAAAUCGAGCUUGAAGCAGGCGGAAUCCCAGACGCAUCAGUUCUUGAAGACUCUAGGACAAUUGGAAUCUAAAUUGAGCGAACAGAUUAAUUAUCUCACACAGGUUUCUACUGGUCAACCGCACGAAGGUUCCGGAUACGCAAGUCAAAAGGUACUGCAAAUGGCAUGGCACAGAUUGGAACACGCGCGAAGUAGAGUUAACGAAUUGGAACGUAUAAAGAACAAGCUAAGAUAAAUACAUACAUCUUUCUCAAUCCAAGAUAUAUAUAUUGUAAAUGUCGUGAGUAACAUUACAUUAAUGUCGCUCGUGAUAACCGAAGAAAUUUAUUAUAAUAAAUUUAUGUAAUUUCGUUAA